AGUGGCCUGGCGGGCUGCAUCAAGGAGGAAGUCGCUGAGCUCCCAGCGUUCUUCCUCACCUGUUCAGGCUGCUGUGCACAGCGGCACCCCUUGUGGCCCUGUGCCUGUGACCCCCCGUCCCUCUGGGGAGAUGCUGUCCCGUGGGUGGUUUCACCGAGACCUCAGCGGGCUGGAUGCGGAGACCCUGCUCAAGGGCCGCGGCGUCCAUGGGAGCUUUGCUCGGCCCAGUCGCAAGAACCAGGGUGACUUCUCCCUCUCCGUCAGGGUGGGGGAUCAGGUGACCCAUAUUCGGAUCCAGAACUCGGGCGAUUUCUAUGACCUGUACGGAGGCGAGAAGUUUGCGACGCUAACAGAGCUCGUGGAGUACUACACACAGCAGCAGGGCGUCCUGCAGGAUCGAGAUGGCACGAUCAUCCACCUCAAGUACCCGCUGAACUGUUCCGACCCCACCAGUGAGAGGUGGUACCAUGGUCACAUGUCUGGGGGGCAGGCAGAGACACUGCUGCAGGCCAAGGGUGAGCCCUGGACGUUUCUCGUGCGUGAGGGUCUCAGCCAGCCUGGGGAUUUUGUGCUGUCCGUGCUCAGCGACCAGCCUAAGGCUGGCCCAGGCUCCCCUCUCAGAGUCACUCAUAUCAAGGUCAUGUGUGAGGGUGGACGCUACACUGUGGGUGGUUCAGAGACCUUUGACAGCCUCACAGACCUGGUGGAGCAUUUCAAGAAGACAGGGAUCGAGGAGGCCUCGGGUGCCUUCGUCUACCUGCGGCAGGAUCACUAUGCCACUCGGGUGAAUGCAGCUGACAUUGAGAAUCGGGUCUUGGAACACAAGAAGCAGGAGUCGGAGGACACAGCCAAAGCCGGCUUCUGGGAGGAGUUUGAGAGUCUGCAGAAGCAGGAGGUAAAGAACUUGCACCAGCGGCUGGAAGGGCAGCGGCCAGAGAAUAAGAGCAAGAACCGUUACAAGAACAUUCUCCCCUUUGACCAUACCCGAGUGAUCCUGCAGGGACGCGACAGUAACAUCCCUGGAUCCGACUACAUCAACGCCAACUACGUCAAGAACCAGCUGCUAGGACCCGAUGAGAACACUAAGACCUACAUCGCCAGCCAGGGCUGCCUGGAGGCCACAGUCAACGACUUCUGGCAGAUGGUAUGGCAGGAGAACACCCGCGUCGUCGUCAUGACCACCCGAGAGGUGGAGAAAGGCCGGAACAAGUGUGUCCCAUAUUGGCCGGAGGUGGGCACGCAGCGUGUCUACGGACCCUACGUGGUAACCAACUGCAGGGAACAUGACACAGCUGAAUACAAGCUCCGUACCUUACAGGUCUCCCCGCUGGAGAAUGGGGAUCUGGUUCGAGAGAUCUGGCACUACCAGUACCUGAGCUGGCCUGACCAUGGGGUCCCCAGUGAGCCUGGGGGUGUCCUCAGCUUCCUGGACCAGAUCAACCAGCGGCAGGAAAGUCUGCCUCAUGCGGGGCCCAUCAUUGUGCAUUGCAGUGCAGGCAUUGGCCGCACGGGCACUAUCAUCGUCAUCGACAUGCUCAUGGAGAGCAUCUCCACCAAGGGGUUGGACUGUGACAUCGACAUCCAGAAGACGAUCCAGAUGGUGCGGGCGCAGCGCUCGGGCAUGGUGCAGACGGAGGCGCAGUACAAGUUCAUCUAUGUGGCCAUCGCCCAGUUCAUUGAAACCACCAAGAAGAAGCUGGAGGUCAUGCAGUCCCAGAAGGGCCGGGAGUCAGAGUACGGGAACAUCACCUACCCCCCAGCCAUGAAGAACGCCCAUGCCAAGGCCUCCCGCACCUCUUCCAAACACAAGGAGGAUGUAUAUGAGAACUUGCACAGUAAGAACAAGAAGGAGGAGAAGAUGAAGAAGCAGCGGUCGGCGGACAAGGACAAGAGCAAAGGUUCCCUUAAGAGGAAGUGAGCCAGGCCUCAGGCCUGAUCCCUGCAGAGGCCUCCCGUGGACCAACCCACAGCCGGAACCUAGGAGCCCGCCCCCAUUCUAUUGUAAUUUAAAUGGUUGCGUCCCUACUUCCCUCUUCCUGACCCUGUAUAUAGCCCAGCAGGGCCCCAGGCAGUGCCGGGGCCCUUUACUCUUGUAAAUAAAGGCCUUAGGAUCACUGUC